CGAUGCAGGGGCGGAGCGCGUCGCGGCGGCCGGUGCCGGGGCGGGUCCUGGGCGGCGGGCGGGGCGCCGCGGCCGAGGCCCGGAAGCGGACCGAGGCCUCCCGGGUCCCAGCCGUCGGGCCGCCAUGGACGAGGCUGACCGGCAGCUCCUGCGGCGGUGCCGUGUGCGGCUGGUCGGCGAGCUGCAGGUGGCCUCGCUCUGGGACGCUCUGCUGACCCGCCAGCUCUUCACGCCCGCGAUGAUCGAGGACAUCCAGCAUGCGGGCUCAGGGUCUCGGAGCGAUCAGGUCAGGCAGCUUGUCAUAGAUCUAGAGACCCGAGGGAGUCAGGCCCUUCCUUUGUUCAUCUCCUGCUUAGAGGACACAGGCCAGGAUGCACUGGCUUCAUUGCUGAGAAUGGGUCGGCAAGCAGAAAAGCAGAAUCCACAGGCUGUCAGACCCCUGGACCUCAUGCCUGUGGUGGUUGGACCAAUGGGCCUCAAACCAGAGGAGCUCAGAAGGAGGCAGUAUCCUUUAAAGCCGACUCCGGAAAAACUCACUCCAGUGGUGUUGGGGCCCGAAGAGCUGUGGCCAGCCAAGCUCCGGCCAGAGGUUCUCAGACCAGAGGUGCCUAGGCCAGUGGACAUUGGUUCUGGACCAUUCAGUGAUAUCUGUGCUCAGGAAAUUUCGAAGCGAAAUGCUGAUUUGGCGUAUGUCCUGAACGCGGACCCCUGUGGCCACUGCCUCAUCAUCAACAACAUGAACUUCUGCCUCGAGUCGAGGCUCCAGACCCGUACCGGCUCCAAUAUCGACUGUGAGAAGUUGCAGCGACGUUUCUUCUUGCUGCAUUUCGUGGUGGACGUGAAGCACGACCAGACGGCCAAGCAAAUGGUCCAGGUGUUGGUGGAGCUGGCUCAGCGGGACCAUGGUGCUCUGGACUGCUGCGUGGUGGUCAUCCUCUCUCACGGCUGUCAGGCCAGCCACCGCCAGUUCCCAGGGGCUGUUUAUGGCACAGAUGGCUGUCCUGUGUCCAUCGAGAAAAUUGUGAACAUCUUCAAUGGAUCCGGCUGCCCCAGCUUGGGAGGGAAGCCCAAGCUCUUCUUUAUCCAGGCCUGUGGUGGGGAGCGGAAAGACCAUGGGGUUGAGGUGGCCUCCACGUCCCCUGAAGACAGGACCCCUGGCAGUGACUCCGAGCCAGACGCUGUCCCGUUCCAGGAAGGCCCAGGCACCUUUGACCAGCCGGACGCCGUGUCUAGUUUGCCCACACCCAGUGACAUCUUUGUGUCCUACUCCACCUUCCCAGGUUUUGUUUCCUGGAGGGACACCAAGAGCGGCUCCUGGUACGUGGAGACCUUGGAUGGUGUUUUCGAGCAGUGGGCUCGCUCUGAGGACCUGCAGACCCUCAUGCUCAGGGUCGCUAAUGCUGUUUCGCAGAAAGGGAUUUACAAGCAGAUUCCUGGUUGUUUCAAUUUCCUCCGGAAAAAACUUUACUUUAAAAUGUAAUGAGGCCAGGGCCCCUGCACCCUUUACCCCAAAACCUUCCUGCUCCAGGCCCAGCGGCAGUGGAGGUCUGGUCUUUGCUACAACGACAGCUGUCACUCUUCAAAGGGGUUUGUGGCCUGUAGUGGGUCUGCUCUUUCCCCACCAGUGGCAGACAGGCUCUUAGCAGCUUCCAAAUUGGAGACGGAUGACUGGCGACACAGGAAGCAGAGCAGAAGAAAAUCAAGGACACCCAGGACUCUUACCAGUGGCCUGUUCUCCGGCUAGUGGCUGUGGCCUAUGACCCCUGUGUUUUCUGUAGAGUAAGGCUUUUUAACCUCAGUCUGAUUGACAUUUGGGGCCACAUGUUGGGGGGGGAGAGCGCGUCCCGUGCAUGGUGGGACGUUUAGCAGCAUCCCUGGCCUCUACCCUCUAGGUGCCAGGAACACCUCCCCCUGCGUCGUGACAACCCAAAAUGUCUCCAGACAUUGCCAGAUGUCCCCUGGUGGGACACCCCUUGAGAACCACUGAUCUACAAGAAACUUUGGUUACAAACAAACCAUCUCAGAUCAGCAAGUUUGGGGCUACUAGUCUGAAAAGCCGGAGUCUGCAAAUCCUCAAUGAGGUUUUAAAAAUGAUCAAUUUUUCUUAUAUUCUAGUAUUAAAAAAAUCUUAGGGGCAUAUGGACACUUUUCCCCCUUUAUUUCCCCCCUCAUUUUGCUCCAACUCUUUGUUUUUCCUUAUAAAGGGGAUUUUUGCUUUUCUGGGAACAUUUCCCCGUCUCUUACUUCAUGUGAACCCCACCCCAUCCCAGGGAAGGAUGACAGGUCGGGGAGCCGUGUCCUCAGGGAAGUUAGGUCACUGAGCCAAGGGGAGCGUAGAUAUGACCCCACCCCCGAGGUCUUGUAUGCGAUCCUGACCCUGGCCAAUUUGGAGCUUUUAGGGCCUUGGACUUGAGGAUUGUUUGCUAAGACUCACCAAGAUGUGAUUCA